CGAAGCUUAAUGAUCAUUUCAAUGUAAACAUUAUUAACUAUUUCACUGUUGAACAAAAUAUUCAAAAAAGAAGAAAGAUGACAAUCAGAUGAUGUCACUCCGUGCAGAGCACCCAAGAAAGAAGGAAGAUGCUAUUAAGAAGAUCUGCACAGUUUAUUGUGACUGAUGUCUAACAUUGGCAGGUCAAGUGGGUAGGGCUCAGUUUGUGGAUGGAGCUUGAGAGAAUACUACUACUUUGUCCCAGAUUUGACCCUGGAUAUAGGACACAUGCCACUAGCCACCUGACAGCGUAUUGUCUUCUGGCCAACUGAAUGCAUCUAUAAUACUGGGAAGGGGGCACUGAGAAUUCUAGAGGUUUCCUUUGUACCAGUGCAGAGUAGGCACUGGAAAUGGGCUGAGCAGUAGCAGCAGAAAUCAGAGUUGAAUCUGUGUAGCUGAGACCAUCAGGAACCAAGAUCCUUCCCUCUUCCUGCAGGAAUUGCUUUAGCUGCUCUGUGUCUUUAAGAGGCUGACACUAUCCUGCAAAUGAGCCAUUAUAAAGGCAGGUAAGCAGCAGCAAUUGGAUCAAAGAGCUGAGAGCAAAGCAGAGCACAGCAGCCUGCAUAAUGACCGGACACCACUGCUGGGGAUACGGACAGGAUGAUGGGCCUUCUGAGUGGUACAAAUCAUAUCCCAUUGCCCAGGGACAUCGUCAGUCACCUGUUGAUAUAGUCUCCAGGCAAGCAGUUUAUGAUCCUAGUCUGAAGCCUCUUAUUAUCUCAUAUGAAUCGUGUACAUCUCUUGAAAUCUCCAACAAUGGCCACUCAGUCAUGGUGGACUUUGAAGAUGCUGAUGACAAGACAGUGAUCAAUGGGGGGCCCCUUGAAGGUCCCUAUAGGCUAAAGCAGUUUCAUUUUCAUUGGGGAAUGAAGCACAGUCAGGGAUCAGAGCACACAGUUGACAGCAAAUCUUUUCCUUCUGAGCUCCACUUGGUUCAUUGGAAUGCCAGGAAAUAUGCAACAUUUGGAGAAGCAGCAGCAGCUCCAGAUGGCUUGGCGGUAGUUGGUAUUUUCUUGGAGACUGGAGAAGAACAUGCCAAUAUGAACAGACUAACUGAUGCCUUGUAUAUGGUAAAAUUUAAAGGGACAAAAGCUCAGUUCAGAACCUUCAACCCAAAAUGCCUCCUGCCCUCAAGUCUAAAUUACUGGACAUAUCCUGGUUCUCUAACAACACCUCCUCUAUAUGAGAGUGUAACGUGGAUAGUGCUGAAAGAGCCUGUCAGGAUUUCUGAGAAACAGCUGGAGAAAUUCCGAACUCUUCUCUUCACCAGCGAGGGAGAUGAAAGGAUACAGAUGGUGAAUAAUUUUCGCCCCCCUCAACCUCUUAAGGGAAGAAUAAUUCGUGCUUCCUUCAAGGCCUAA